AUGUCCUCGCCCCGGCCCCAAGGAGAGGCGGCCUUGAGGCCUCCACCGCCCACCCCGCCGGCCGCCACCCGACGGGCCGCGCUGCGCUGGCUGCGGGGCUUCGUGCUGCCCAGGGCGGCCUGCCAGGAGGACGACGACUCCUUUCCCUACGCGAUCCUCUUCCAAGACCUGGACCGCAACGGGGACGGGGUGGUGGACAUCAUCGAGCUCCGGGAAGGGCUGAGAAACUGGAGCUCCUCGUUCGGCCUGCAGUCGGAGAAGGAAAUUUUUAAAGCUGGAGAUACCAAUGCUGAUUCAGGAUUGGACUUCCAAGAAUUUCUGCAAUACCUUACAGACCAUGAGAAAAAAAUGAGGCUGGCAUUUAACAGGCUGGACCGAAAUAAGGAUGGAAUAAUAGAAACUUCAGAACUAAUUGCUACUUUGGAAUCAUUGGGUUUACGUAUUUCUGAAGCUCAGGCAAAAAAAAUUCUACAAAGCAUUGAUACUGAUGGGACAAUGACAGUAGACUGGGAUGAAUGGAAGUACUACUUUUUACUUCAUCCUGCAGCAAAUAUCAAUGAAAUUGCUGGUUUCUGGAAGCGUUCUACUAUAAUUGACAUAGGGGAGAGCAUAGCUAUUCCAGAUGAAUUUACUGAGCAAGAAAAGCGUUCUGGAGAUUGGUGGCGGCGAUUGGCGGCAGGAGGAAUAGCUAGCAUGAUUUCAAGGACGUGCACCGCGCCUUUUGACCGCUUGAAACUCAUGAUGCAGGUUCAUAGUUCACAGUCAAAAAGAAUGAGAUUAAUUGGUGGGUUUGGACAGAUGGUAAAAGAAGGAGGAAUUCGUUCUCUUUGGCGAGGAAAUGGUGCAAAUGUUUUCAAAAUUGCACCUGAGACGGCCAUCAAGAUUGGGGCCUAUGAACAGUAUAAGAAUUGGCUUAGUUUUGAUGGUGCUAAAAUAGGAAUUUUUGAGAGAUUUAUAGCUGGAUCAUUGGCUGGUGUAACUGCUCAGACCUGUAUUUACCCCAUGGAGGUUAUAAAGACCAGACUGGCUCUCAGUAACACUGGACAGUAUUCAGGGAUCCUUGACUGUGGCAAGAAGCUCCUGAAACAAGAAGGUGUCAGGACCUUCUUCAAAGGCUAUAUCCCCAAUUUGCUCGGCAUUAUCCCCUAUGCAGGCACAGACCUCACUGUUUACGAGCUUUUGAAGACCUAUUGGCUAGAACAUUAUGCAGGAAACUCUGUGGACCCCGGGAUAAUGAUUUCUCUGGGAUGUAGUACCGUGUCUCACGCGAGUGGUCAGAUAGCCAGCUUCCCUCUGAGCCUUCUUAGAACACGCAUGCAGGCUCAAGCCCUGAAGGAAAAAGGAAAAACUUCUAUGAUUCGUCUCAUUCAAGAUAUAUAUAAAAAAGAAGGGAAAAGGGGAUUUUUCAGGGGCCUCACCCCAAACAUCUUAAAAGUGCUCCCUGCAGUGAUUGUCGGCUCCGUGGUUUACGAGAAAGUGAAAAGGCAGUUUGGACUAAUUUAG